AUGGGUUGUUGUCUCAGCAGUGCAACCAAAUCCUCUCCAAUUGUUUCUGCUUCUCACCCUUCCUCAAACAAAAACGGCAACAGUUACGACUUCGAGCCGCCCAAGUUUCUCAAGCCAACCGCGGAAACCAGAGCUCCGCCACCGGACUGCAGCGAGGAAACCGUCAAGGAAGUCCUCUCCUCCGAAAUCCCCAAUCCCAAGCAUCCCCACAGGCUGUCGUCACCGCAAUAG